UUACAACUUGACAAUGACUACAAAUAACUCAUUGAACUUUUCUAUCUUCUUGUCAUUUGUUCUGAUUCUUCUUGCAAUAUCAACUGACAACAUCUCCAGUAAUGCAUUCUCAAUAAGAGAAGCAACCAUAAGCAAUCUGCAGCUUGCUUUCAACCAACACCAACUCACAUCUAGGGAACUAGUUGAAUUUUACCUUGGAGAAAUCAGUAGACUCACUGUCCUCCACGGGGUCAUAGAGGUGAAUCCAGAUGCGUUACGUCAAGCUGAUAAGGCAGACUGUGAACGUAUGGUUAAGGCACCAGGUUCACUGCAUUUGCAUGGCAUUCCUAUUCUUCUGAAGGAUAACAUUGCAACCAAGGACAGGCUGAACAACACAGCCGGUUCGUUUGCAUCGCUUGGCUUCAUUGUGCCACGCGAUGCCGGUGUGGUAAUGAAGUUGAGGAAAAAUGGAGCCAUUAUCUUUGGAAAGGCUAGCUUGACUGAAUGGGCUGCCUUUAGAUCAUUACGUUUACCUAAUGGUUUCAGUGCUAGAGGUGGCCAAGGAAAGAAUCCUUAUGUUCUUUCUGCAGAUCCUUGUGGUUCAAGUAGUGGAUCAGCAAUCUCAGUAGCUGCGAAUAUGGUAGCAGUGUCACUAGGGACUGAGACUGACGGCUCAAUGUUGUGCCCAUCUAGUUCUAACUCAGUUAUGGGAAUCAAACCAACUAUUGGCAUCACUAGCCGAUCUGGGGUCAUUCCUUUAUCUCCUAGACAAGACACUGUUGGGCCUGUUUGCAGGACAGUCGCUGAUGCUGUUCUUGAUGCCAUUGCAGGCUUUGUUUGCAAUGAUCCAGCAACCAGAGAAGCAACAAAGUACAUUCCAUAUGGUGGUUAUAAACAAUUCCUUAAGCUUUAUGGGCUCCAAUGGAAGAGAUUGGGAAUAGUGAGAAACCCUUUCUUCAACUUUGACAAAGGAUCUCCCUUGACUCAAGUUUUUGAGCACCAUUUGCAGACACUAAGACAAGGAGGUGCAGUUUUAGUAGAUCAUCUGGAAAUAGCCAACAUUGAGGUUAUAUUAAAUUGUACUGUAAGUGGUGAAGCAGUGGCAUUGCUGGCUGAGUUCAAACUGGCCCUCAAUGCAUACCUCACGGAGCUAGUGGCUUCCCCAGUGAGAACUUUGGCAGAAGUUAUAGCCUUCAAUGAGAAAUUCUCUGGUUUGGAAAAAAUCGACGAAUUCGGCCAAGAUAUCUUCCUGUUAGCUGAAGCCACAAAUGGAAUUGGCAAUACAGAGAAGGUAGCUUUGCUGAAUCUAGCAAAACUUUCAAGUGAUGGAUUUGAGAAGUUGAUGAUAGAAAACAAACUGGAUGCUUUGGUGGCUCUGGGUUCAACUAUGGCUCCUGUUCUUGCAAUUGGUGGAUUCCCAGGCAUUAGUGUCCCCGCUGGAUUUGAUGGUGAAGGCGUUCCCAUUGGCAUUUGUUUUGGUGGACUGAAGGGUACAGAGCCAAAGCUCAUUGAGAUUGCAUAUGGCUUUGAACAAGCUACUAAGAUUAGGAGGCCGCCUUCGUUCAAGCCCUGAAGCUUCAAUUAAAAGCCAUAUCCUAUUGAUGGUUUUCUAAUAGAACAAUUUAUGAUUGCCAUUUACUUGAAUCGGUCAUAAGUCAAUUAGUAAUUGUGAUUGUUAUGGAACCCAUAAAUUAAAUAACAAAUGAAAUAUCAAAUAGGUAACAUAAAAACAUAAGAUUUUACGUCAAAAACUUAAAUCAGAGAAAACUAUGUAAACUAAUUGAAAAAAAGUUUCAAAUGGGGAGAUUAUAAAGUGAAUAAGACA